AUGGAUAGUGUUUGGGUUGUAAAUAAAAGAAGAAAGAUGUUGCAGAGCAAGGAUGCAGUGACUUCUGAUGAUGUGCCUGUGAACUUCACUGUGGAAGAAUGGAAUUUGCUGGAUUCUUCCCAGAAGAAUCUCUACAAAGAUGUGAUGCUGGAGACCUACUGGAACCUCACUGCUAUAAGCUAUAAUUUGGAAGACCAUCAUAUUGAAGAACAAUGUCAAACUUCUAGAAGUCAUGAAAGGCAUGAAAGAAAUCAUACUGGAAAGAAACCUUAUGAAUGUAAUCAAUAUGGUAAAGACUUUUCAAGUCAUAGUGGUCUCCAAAUACAUGAAAGAACACAUAAUGGAGAGAAACCUUAUGAAUGUGGUAAAUGUGAUAAAGCCUUUGCAAGAUCCAGUCAUCUCCAGUAUCAUAAAAGAACACAUACCGGAGAGAAACCUUAUGAAUGU